UAAAUUCAACCAAACUAGCGCGACAGUCUCCCCCGUUUCACGGAACUGGCCUCUUAGGCUAGUUUCAGAGAGGCCCUGAAUGGCAGAAAUCUAAAUGAGAGGAAAUAAUUACGGCACUAGGUGAUUAAUUCUAGGCAACUUAAAACCGCGCGGACUCGUCUUUGGGGCCUCCCCUCUCGUCCCCGGUGUCUCCCAGCGCUUUUUCCCCGCCUCCCUCAGAGAACGCGAAGAAGAGAAGAAUCGCGAGAUACGGACGCGGGGCGUGGCCCCACCCUGACCAGUGGAAACAGAGGGCGUGGCACUGAGCCUUUCUUUUAUUGGCCCAGGGUCCCCAGGACCGGUCUAGCAGUGCUGAGGCGGAAGUCGCGCGGGCGCCGGAACGCACGCUGAGCCUCGGGUCCUGCAGCUUCCAAGCCGCCGUCAUGGUGCGGAAGCUUAAGUUCCACGAGCAGAAGCUGCUGAAGCAAGUGGACUUCCUGAACUGGGAGGUCACCGAUCACAACUUGCACGAGCUGCGCGUGUUGCGGCGUUAUCGGCUGCAACGGCGCGAGGACUACACGCGCUACAACCAGCUGAGCCGUGCUGUGCGCGAGCUGGCGCGGCGCCUGCGGGACCUGCCAGAGCGCGACCCGUUUCGCGUGCGCUCCUCGGCCGCACUGUUGGACAAACUGUAUGCUCUCGGCCUAAUCCCCACGCGCGGGUCUCUGGAGCUCUGCGAUUUCGUCACGGCCUCGUCCUUCUGCCGCCGCCGCCUGCCCACCGUGCUACUUAAGCUGCGCAUGGCGCAGCACCUCCAGGCCGCCGUGGCAUUCGUGGAGCAGGGUCACGUGCGCGUGGGCCCCGACGUGGUCACCGACCCCGCCUUCCUUGUCACGCGCAGCAUGGAGGACUUCGUCACCUGGGUUGACUCGUCCAAGAUCAAGCGGCACGUGCUGGAGUACAAUGAGGAGCGUGAUGACUUCGAUCUGGAAGCCUAGCGGGUCUUCCCUCGCCAGGACUGCAUUUUAUUGAUGGGGAAGCUGAGACCUGAUGCCUGAGAUUCUAUGAAGGCGUCCUCCCCCAAGAGUGUGUCAGCCAAGAACUUGGCUCCUCAGCUACAGGCCCUCACAGAGCCAAAGGGUACGCCCUUUUUCCACAAAAUUUUCUUAGCCUUUGGACAAUUGGUAAUUAAAUGACUGCCUUAAGACACAAUGGGAAGCGGUUUUGCGCUGCCCUGGGGAAUUGUUACAUUCUUGUACCUGAAACAUUGUAGUGUGAAAUGACUUUUUUGGGGGGGCCUACCCCCGCCCUCAGCUUUCCUUUCAUUUCUUUGUAGCAGGACAGUGUAGUUUAAUUUAUAUUUAACUCGAAUUCUUGCGUUUGUUCGUGAUUAAGCUGUGUACAGAUGUUGGAGAGUUUGGUCUCAAGUUUUCAAAAAAUGGAUGAGAUUUUAGUGUUCAGAGUCCUUUCUCUUGUUUAAAAGAAUGCUCUCCUAAUGCCAAUAAAUUGCCUAACU